AUGCAAUCUCGAAAUCUUAGUGAUCUCAAAGUGGAUUUCCCCGACCUCCCACCAUUUCCCACGGAUAUACCCACAGCGCCUCUCCUCCGGCUAUCCCUCGGAAAGCUACUAGCAGGGAAGACAACGGAAAUCAAUCGCCUCUUCACAGCAUCUGUGGAGAUAGGAUUCUUCUACCUAGACUUCCAAGACUGCCAGCUGGGGAGUUCCGCACUUGAAGAUGCGGACAAGUUGUUUGGAGUUGGCAAGGAGCUAUUCGAGCUCAGCUUAGAAGAGAAGCAGAAGUAUGACUUUAGCGAACAGAACUCGUACUUUGGGUACAAAGGGCAGGGCGCAGCAUACGUGGAUAAAGAGGGGAAUUUGGACCGGAAUGAAUUCUAUAAUAUCUCCAAAGACGACAUCUUCGGCUUAUCAGACCAGAUCCCCGCCCCAGAACUCCUCCACCGAAACAGAAAGCUUAUUGAAUCUUUUAUGCGGAGCUCCCAUAGCAUCGUAACCCUGAUCCUAUCGAUCCUUAACACCAAACUGGGCCUCCCACCGAACACAUUACCAAACAUGCACCGCCAAAACGCUAUAAGUGGCGACCAAGUCCGCUGGGUUAAAGCACCACCGCAACCCAUAAACGACAGAAGAGUCGCGCUAGGUCAACACACAGACUUCGGCUCAGUAACGGUCCUCUUCAACCGACUCGGCGGUCUCCAAGUCCAAAUGCCCGGAACAGACGACUGGGUAUACGUGCGUCCAUUACCAGGACACGCGAUAAUCAAUCUGGGUGAUGCUAUGGUGAAGUUCAGCAAUGGACUUUUGCGUUCGAAUAUUCAUCGGGUUAUUGCGCCGCCUGGGGCACAAGCGGAGUGCACGCGGUAUAGUCUUGUUUACUUUGCAAGGCCUGAGGAUGAUGUUGUCUUGCGGCGGUUGGAGGGAAAUGCGAUUCCUCCCUUGGAAGGAGUGGAAGAGGAAGUUAGUAGCAAGCAGUGGAUUCUUCGGAGGGCUUUGGGGAAGAGGAUUAAUCUUGGUCAAGUUGAUUUUGAAAAGUCGGCAGGGACGGAGGAGAUUAGUAGGAGGAAAUAG